UAUACAUGUGAAUACAUAUUUGCAUGUAAAAAUGCGCUUCUUAUUUGCCAUGCGAUCUGGUUAUUAUACAACCAAUAACCUUCGUUUAUACAGCACUCUGAAGGUGAAGGUGCCUGUGAGACAAGGCAUUGUUGUUGGCACACAAGAAAAACUGCCCAAUGGCGUAGUAUACAGAAGUUUUUUGGGCGUGCCCUAUGCAGAACCACCCGUAGGAGGGCUGCGUUUUCGGAGCCCUGUGCCGCUGGAACGAUUCACAAAGGAUGAGUUGGACUGCAGCAAAGAAGGCGACGUGUCACAUCAGCGCGAUCCUCUCAAGCAACAAGUGAUUGGUUCCGAAAACUGUCUAUUCCUCAAUAUCUAUGCGCCCAAGAGCAAGUCGCAGAAACCUAUGCCCGUCAUGGUUUGGAUUCAUGGUGGAGGCUUCUGGUUUGGUAGUGGUAACCGAGAUUAUUACUUUCCUGCGCAGCUCAUGCAAGAGGAGGUCAUUGUGGUUACCCUCAAUUAUCGCCUUGGCGCUUUGGGAUUUCUCAGCCUACCAGAACCAGGCAUCUAUGGUAAUGCGGGUCUGAAGGAUCAACGCUUGGCACUGCAGUGGGUGCACGAUAACAUUUCCAACUUCAAUGGUGAUCCACAGAAUGUUACCCUCUUCGGGGAGAGCGCUGGAGGCUCUUCUGUUCAUUUGCAUAUGUAUGGCGCGCAUGCCAAUAAGCUGUUCCACAAGGCCAUCAUGCAGAGUGGCACAGGCAAUUCGGAGUGGGUACUCCAGGAAAAUGGCUCGUUUAAGGCGCGACGUUUGGGCGAACUGCUGCAGGGCAAAAAGAUAGAAGACGAUAGAAAAUUGCUGGAAUUUCUGCAAUCGGAGGCGGCGUCUCCAUUGGCGAUGUUAAGUAAAACCUUGGACGUGCUGACUGCUGAUGAGCGUCGACGUCAUCUACCUUUUUCCUUCAAGCCAGUUAUGGAGGAUCCAAGGAGCCCAGAUAGCAUGCUAAACAAGCCAUUCAUUGAUCUAUUGCAUAACAGGAAGAGACUGCCUAAGAUGCCCGUGCUAUUAGGUUACAAUUCGGCAGAAGGCAUAGUUCUGAUUACAAAUCCCAAGCAAAAAGUGGAGCUCUUCGAUAAGGAUAUGGCGCGCUUAGUCCCACGUAACUUGGUGGAGGAUCCGGAGGCGCCCGAGGCGUUAGAAGCAGCGGAAGACAUACGUCAAUUUUAUUUUAAUGGAAAGUCGCUCACGAUGGAAUGCAUUGAUAAUCUGGUUGACCUGCUCGGCGACGUGCACUUCAUCCUCGAUCUUCAGCACACAGCAGAGGUUUACGCAAAUUACCAGAAAGCGCCCUUCUACUUCUAUCGCUUCGACUAUGUGGGCGGACGAAAUAUAUACAAAAAGGCCUUUAAUGCUGACAAACUGCGUGGAGCCUCGCACGCCGAUGAGCUAUCCUACCUAUUCCAAUGGUAUAAUGAUACGUCUCCCAUAGCUGCAGAUGAUGCUCAGAUUUCGAAACGUAUGGCCCAUAUGUGGGCUAACUUUGCGAAAUAUGGCAAGCCAGCAGAUAACUGGGAACCAGUUCAGAAGCAAAAUAGAAAUGCGAAAGGAAUUCUCGAUGCUUAUCAAUUGGAUUAUAUGCAACUAGAUCGAGAGUGUGAAAUGCAACUGAAUCCAGAUGGAGAGCGUAUGGAUUUCUGGCGUAGUAUGUAUAAAAGAUAUAAGCCGCAAUGCUAUGAAGCGUUGAUAGCCAAAAUGUGAAAGAUAUUACAU